CUUCAUAGCAUUCAGAGUACAACCCUCCAAAGCACAAACACAACAAAAACCCUCCCAAGGUACAACCCUCCAAAGCAUAAAAAAACACUAAAAAAUGACAGUUUCAAUGAGAACAAUGGAGUUCCCAAUGCUCCUCCUCAAGCUAGCAUACUCCUUCCUCCACCAUUUCCUCUCCGCCGUGAAGCUCAAGAGCCGCCACACCUCCCCCCUCAAAAACCACCCUCCCCGCCCCCCUCCGCCGCCGCCGCUCCACCACCACCACCACCCAAGCAUCUCCAAAUUCACCCCCCAAAAUCGAAAAUCCCAAACCCUCAUCUGCGACAUCCACCGCGGCCUCCUCCGCUCCCCCUCCUUCUUCCCCUACUUCAUGCUCGUCGCCUUCGAAGGCGGCGGCCUCCUCCGCGCCCUCCUCCUCCUCCUCUCCUCCCCAUUCCUCCUCCUCCUCAGCCACGACAUAAAAAUGAAGGUCAUGAUCUUCAUCACCUUCUGUGGAAUGAGAAUUAAGGAUGUGGAGAGCGUUACAAGAGCCGUGCUCCCGAAAUUCUACCUCGAAAACCUCAACCUCCACGCCUUCGAGGCCUUGGAAUCGGCCGGAUCGAAGGCCGUCUUCACCGCCGUGCCGAGGGUUAUGGUGGAGGGAUUCCUGAAGGAGUAUCUCGACGUCGAUUCGGUGGUUGGGACCGAGCUGCGAACCGCCGGAAGAUUUUUCACUGGUUUAAUUUCUCCCGCCGGUUUGCUUGUCAAGCAUAGAGCUCUCAAGGAGUUCUUCGGCGAUAAGAGGCCCGAUGUCGGCAUCGGAGCCUCCACGCUUCAUGAUCAUUUCAUGAUCUCUCUCUGCAAGGAAGCAUAUGUUAUAACACGAGACGAUAACAACACGAAAAGCAGCAUAAUGCCAAGGAGCCGCUACCCGAAGCCCCUAGUCUUCCACGACGGCCGCCUCGCGUUCCUCCCGACACCGGCCGCGACGCUCGCGAUGUUCCUGUGGCUCCCCGUCGGGAUCCUCCUCGCCGUCUUCCGCCUCUUCAUCGGCAUCUGCCUCCCGUACCCCCUCGCGGUCGCCCUCGGCACCGCCACCGGGAUCCGCCUCCGCGUCUCCGGCCACGCGCCGCCGCGCGUGGCCGGCGCCGGCGGCGUCCUGUACGUGUGCAGCCACCGCACCCUCCUCGACCCGGUGUUCCUGAGCACCGCCCUCCGGAAGCCCCUCACCGCCGUCACCUACAGCCUGAGCAAGAUGUCGGAGGUCAUGGCGCCGAUCAGGACCGUGAGGCUCACGCGCGACAGGCGCCGCGACGGCGAGACGAUGCAGCGGCUGCUGGCGGAGGGGGACCUGGUGGUGUGCCCCGAGGGGACGACGUGCCGGGAGCCGUACCUCCUCCGGUUCAGCUCCCUCUUCGCGGAGCUCGCGGACGAGAUCGUGCCGGUGGCGGUGGACACGGAGGUGACGAUGUUCUACGGGACGACGGCGAGCGGGCUGAAGUGCCUCGACCCGAUCUUCUUCCUGAUGAACCCGCGGCCCGUGUACCGCCUCGGGAUCCUCGGGAAGGUGCCGAGGCGGAUGACGUGCGGCGGGGGGAGGACGAGCCACGAGGUGGCGAAUUAUAUACAGGGGGAAUUGGGGGCGGCGCUAGGGUUUGAGUGCACCAAUUUGACGAGGAGGGAUAAGUAUUUGAUGCUCGCCGGAAACGACGGCGUCGUGCCGGAGAAGAGGAGGAGUGUGAAUUAAUGCUAUAUAGGAGUAUACAUAUAUGUUUAUGUUGUGAUAUGAUCUAAAUCUAAUGCAUGAUUCUUUCUUUCU